AUGCCCAUAGCACUGUCCCCUCCCUUCCGGCCAAGAAAUGGCUUGACCAAGUUCACCAACUGCCGCCUCCUGCGCGGCGAUAAGCUGGUCGAGGAGGAUCUCUGGGUCAGCUCGCUGUCCGGCAAGGUUGUCAACAGUCAGGCUGCCUUUUUCGACGACCUCGUCCUCCCCGACCAGACCAUCGACCUCGGCGGCCGCAUCAUCUCGCCGGGCAUGAUCGAUGUGCAGCUCAACGGCGCGUUCGGCUUCAACUUCUCGACGCUGCUCGAUGACAUGUCACAGUAUGGCAAAAAGGUCAAGGAGGUGCAGAAGUUGCUGGUGCAGACGGGCGUCACAUCGUACAAUCCCACCAUCACCAGCCAGAGGCCAGAACUAUACCAGAAGGCUCUUCCGUUCCUGGGACCGUCAGGGCACUUGCAGGAGGCCGAAGAUGGGGCCGAGUCGCUCGGCGCUCACUGCGAGGGGCCGUUCCUCAGCCCGACCAAGAAUGGCGUGCACAACGUCGACGUGUUGAUAGAGGCGCAGACGUACGAGGAUCUCGAGGCGUGCUACGGCAAGCACAAUCUCACGCCUCGCGCCGAGGGCGAAAAGAUCCCCAUCAAGUACAUCACGGCGGCGCCGGAGCGCGGCCAGAUGAUGAAGCUGAUUCCGGAGCUCACGGCAAAGGGCAUCAUCUACUCGGUGGGACACUCCGAGGCGACGUACGAAGAGGCGUCCAAGGCCGUGGGCCAGGGCGCGACAAUGAUUACGCACCUGUUCAACGCCAUGCGUCCUCUGCAUCAUCGAAACCCAGGCAUCUUCGGCGUCCUAGGUAUCGCCGAGAGCCUGCCGCGGCCGUAUUUUGGCAUCAUCGCCGACGGCAUCCACUUACACCCAACCACCAUCAAGAUCGCCUUCAACUCACAUCCCGACGGAUUCAUUCUCGUCACCGACGCCAUGCACCUUGUCGGACUGCCUGACGGCGCAUACCCGUGGACCAACGGUGACACGACGUGUAAUAUCGUCAAGGUGGGAUCCAAGCUGCUCCUGGAGAACUCGGACACCAUUGCCGGCAGUUCCAUCACCCUCCUCGAAUGCGUCAACAACUUCCUGCAGUGGACAGGCACCGGAAUUCCACACGCGCUCAAGGCUGUGACGGCGACCCCCGCUGCCAUGCUGGGCUUACAGGGAGUCAAAGGAUCGCUUGACGCUGGUGCUGACGCUGACCUGGUCAUCUUUUCAGAGGCGAAGACGCCCGGCCAGCCCAGCACUCUGGUAUUGGACGAAGUGUGGAAGUUUGGCACCAGAGUUCACCGCGUUAUCCACAAUUUGUAG